UUUGUAAACCAAUAUUUUAUUCCAAAGCCAAAAACCCUUGUACACUGGUUUCAAGUUUCAACCUUUUCUUCUUCGGCGAUUGAACGGCGAAAUUGCUUCUCUCAAUUUUCUCCGGGCAAGAAGGAAGAAAUAAGAUUUGGCCAAAUAUGGACAUGAAGGAACCAAAGAUGGAUUUUAAGUCGAUCCUGAAGGAGGUCGAAUAUCUGGGCUCCGCACAUAUGACAUGGAAAGAGAAAAAGGAGUUGGAGAACAAGAAAAUAGUUUCGCUUGGUGGGAAGCCUCAGAAGAAACAGAGGUUACCACUUAGUGUUGCACGAGUAAUGAUGAAGAAACAGAAGGAAAGGGAGGAGAAAAUACAAGAAGAGAAUUUGAUACUUGGACGAUUUGGGGGAAACAAUGGUAGCAGUUCAAGAAAAGCAGCGGGAAGGCGCAGACCUGAGGAUAGGGUACUGAAGUCAACUGAAGGUCACUUCAGAAAUGGGGUGCUUGAUGUUAAGGACUUAUUAAAACCUUCUGCACCGAAAGCACCGAAAGCAUUCGAUGCAGAGCAGUCUUUUGCUAGUAAAGGGAAGAAGAAAAAGGGUGGUAAAAAGAACAAGGGCAAGAAGAAAAAGGGUCCUGGUAAGAAGCGCCAUUAAACAUGGGAUAAAUGGCGAGACCUCCUUGUUUUCUUUGUAUUUUUAAGCUUUAGAUUCCAGUGUAGUAGAUUAUAUCUCUAAUAUGUUAAAAUUUUGUUGUAGUCUCCUGAAUUUUCUGUGUUCUGAUGAUGAGUAUAGUAAUGCUUAAUGGAUGAACACUUUUUUGGUGGAAGAGAAAGUGAGCAUUAACUGACAUCCCUUGUAUGUGUUUUAUCGAGCAAUACGAUGUCAAUUGGUCAAUUCA